AUGGCAAAACUGAGGGAACAAUCUAAGGUGCUAAACGUCACCACGAAUUCAAUCUUGGCGAUAGAAAAGUUUAUAAAUGGUUUCGAUGCUGAGCAUGAUUGUGAUAAAAUUGAUUCGCGUGUAUCUAGACUCGAUCAGCUUUUCGAACGCUAUAUUUCUACCUCAAUAAACGUUGAGCUGCUAACAAAUGAUGGUGCAGAAACAAUGAUCGACUUUACCAAACAAAGGGAUGAAAUGGAGGAGAAAUAUUAUCUGCUGCGAGAUUUUUUGUUAUCACACAAGCCAAAUAACAAUAGAUCUGCCGCUAUGGUGUCUGCCCCUGUAUCAUCAGUUGUACGAUUACCUAAAAUUGAUUUGCCUACUUUUGAUGGUGAUAUCAAUAAUUGGAUCCCGUUCCGAGAUGCGUAUACAGCUUUGAUCCACAGAAAUAACGAUUUGCAACCAGUUGAUAAAUUUCAUUACUUUAUGGCCGCGCUGAAGGGGCCUGUGAGGAAGCUAUUAGACAUCAUCAGUAUUACAGCAGAUAAUUACAAGGUCGCGUGGGAUCUACUCGUUGGUCGUUACGAUAACAAACGUUUGUUUAUUAAAAAUCAUAUUUCCGAUCUAUUUGCUAUUGAAUCUGUUCGAAAGGAAUCUUCUGAUUCUAUAUUGAGCCUUGUUGAUCAGUUCGAACGCCAUGUGAAAAUAUUAACGGCAUUGGGGGAGUCGACCAACUCGUGGAGUUCUUUGUUGGUGCACAUGGUGUGUGCUCGCCUAGACAAGCAUACUCUGCGGGAAUGGGAGAAGUCAACAGGUGAUAUAAUAGAUGAGAUUCCGACGUAUGAAGAAAUAAUCCAUUUUUUGCACGAGCAAGCUCGUAUUUUGCACACGUUGAAUAGUGAAGUAACAGGUUUCCACACUAACUCAAAGGAAAAGCCUCGUUUUUCUGUCGCACAUACAGCGACAAUCCCUAACACAUCCACCUAUCGCUGUGCUGUCUGCAGUCAACCGCAUCGAAUUUACGAAUGUGAAGAGUUCAAGCGUAAAUCUGUCGAGCAGAAACAUGAAAUUGUCCGCAGGAAGAAGCUAUGUUGGAAUUGCUUAUCGUCCAGUCACAUGAGUCGUGAUUGCCCAUCGAAACCCUGUCGGAAAUGUAACGAGAAACAUCACACUUUAUUGCAUCAGUCCUCCCUCAGUGAUCGAUACGCACUACCUCAAUCGAAACCGACUACUGCUGGCUCGCAACCCACAACCAAGGGCAGCAGUAGUGACUCUUUCACCUCCACUCCAUCCGCCACUUUCACUCAAAAAUCCUCGUCUAGUCACAGCCCACCAUCAGAGAUAGCUACGUCACAGUCCAGACCCAUCACUUCGAGACCUGUUUCUAAUGCCAUGGCGGCAUCUUGCGGAGCUGUAUACACAACCGUGCUUCUUUCUACUGCUGUGGUCAGAGUUUUCGGACCUACUGGGAAGGUCACUUUUGCCCGCACUCUCCUGGAUUCCUGUUCAGAAGCGAAUUUCAUCACCGAAAGAAUAGUGCAGCUUCUAGGAUUGAAACGUACCAGACAAUCUGCUAUCAUAUCUGGAAUGGGCGGCUCGACAGUGAAAAGUGUACAUAAUACCGUUGCUUCGUUUAGUUCAGUGGAUUCCUCGUAUUCUCAAACAUUGACAUUUAGCAUCUUGCCCAAGAUAACGAAUGAUCUCCCCGCUAGACCAGUCGACACCUCGCGUUGGAAAAUUCCAUUCAGCCUGGUUUUAGCAGAUCCUGAUUUCGCCUCACCGCAGAAGAUUGAUAUGGUUAUUGGAGCACAACUGUUCUUCACUCUUCUUCGCGAUGGUCAGCUGUCUAUUGCUGAUGGGCCUGGAGUUGACCAACCUUUGUUGCAACGCACUGUACUUGGAUGGAUAGUCAGUGGUCCUGUAUCUCAAGAAGCUCCUUGUUCUGAUUCCACCAAUGUUGCUCUGUUGUGCACGUCAGAUCAUUUGGACCAACAACUUGCCAAAUUUUGGGAGAUUGAAUCCUGUCCCGACACUCGAGGCCUUUCCAAGGAGGAACUGGCCUGCGAAAAGUAUUUCACUGAAACCACCACCCGAGACGAAUCUGGCCGAUUCGUCGUACGACUUCCUAAAAAGGAAGAUGUUUUGAGCCAACUGGGCGACUCAGAAUCUACUGCACUUCGCAGAUUUCAUUGGUUGCAGCGGCGAUUAGCAAAAAACCCUGACCUGAAGGGUCAAUAUUGUGAUUUCAUGCACGAGUAUUUGGCGCUUGGGCAUAUGAUUCCCGUAGAUUCGUUGCCAGACAACACCCAUCCACAAUCGUAUUUCCUUCCUCAUCACGCAGUUAUCAAACCAACCAGUACAACCACAAAAUGUCGUGUGGUUUUCGAUGGGUCCAGCAAGUCUUCUACUGGAAUCUCUCUGAAUGAUUGCCUUAUGGUUGGGCCAACCGUACAAGAAACUCUCUACUCCAUUGUGAUUCGAAUUCGAAUUCGAGAAAUUGCUUUGGUAGCGGAUAUCACCAAGAUGUAUCGCCAAAUUUGGAUACACCCUCAUGAUAGUACCCUGCAGCGAAUUUUCUGGCAGCAUUCCACGGAUUCGGAGGUAAGACCGUAUGAGCUCACUACGGUGACAUAUGGCACAGCCAGUGCUCCUUAUCUGGCAACUCGCUGCCUUCAACAGCUGUCAUUCGAUUAUUCGCAAAAAGAAGAUGAUGCAGCAGCAAAAAUCGGAAAGGACUUCUAUGUAGAUGACUUUUUGAGUGGUGCGUUGACGAAGCCGUCAAUCUUCAAUGUGAAGUCCAGGAUAUUCUUGGCAUCGCAGGGUUUGAGCUGA